CCCCAGUCUUUGGAGGCUUUAAACCUUAUGUCAAUGCUUUAAACCAACAGAGCGCUUUAUGUGCUAUAAAAACACACAGGACAGCUGUAAUACACAAAAACAUGUCAGCUGGCUAACAAACAAAGAAAAACAAACGGUUAGAAGUGGAUUUAAUCGGUUCGGGCCAACGCAUGAAGAGGGUCUUUAUCUGCGCGUUUACAUUAGCUAGCUAAAUGAGGUCAUUGCGAUUUGUUAUUUGGCAUUUUGUGCAUUUUUAUCACCCUUUAAAAGAUUCCUCAGUGGGUCUAAAGCGUUAAAAAAAAAAAAAACAGCUUAACAUGGUGGAGGACGGAGAGCGAAAGGACAUGAAGUACUUUCCCAGAGCGACCUGACAUUCCUCCUCAAGAGGAGAAACUUACUGUAGCCUACACACUAACACAGAUCUGUUUGAAUUAAACAACCAUGGCCGCUGCAUUUGUCAGAAGAGGAAUAGGAUUAUGCUGUAUUAACAGGGAGUUGUGCAGAGUGGUAUGGAGGCGGCAAACUGCACUGUUCAGCUCCAAACCAUCAGACAGACAACCCCCCCGCAGGACACACAUCAAGAAAGCCAAGCCUCAGCCAGCGGUGGAUGUCGCUAAACUCCUGGAGCAGCUCUUCUCCCAGCGCAGGCCGGGCACGGCGCCUCCUGCUGGUAAAGCUCGACCUGCCAAAGCCUCCUCCGUUCCUACCCAACCUCCUUCCACCUCCUCAGUGAUGGUCUCCACCCCAAAUGCUCCUCCUUUGUCAAAGACUGAACCAACAGUGUCCGUCUUUCCUGCUGCUUCUAGUUUUAAACACGUUGAUGCUGAUAGUCUUUUGUAUGUGACUCUUUCUACAACCUCAGGUUCCUCUCCAAGCAGCACAACACCGGCAUCGUUAGGAUCAGAAGCAGCGGCGAUAGAAUGCCAAACCUCGGCUGAAACAAUAAAAACCAAAGUAGAAACGGCCACGGAGCCAGUUGAACUCAAACCUGCCAAAGCACUGCCCUUAUCAGCCCGCACGGUGGAGGCCAACGCAGAGACAUCAUCUUUUCCAGCUGCUACACGAGAACCCAUAAUAGAAACUAGAAUAGAAUCACGAGUAGAGCCGCGCCUAUCUCCUGCGGAAACACCAGAAGUUAGAGCUGCUGUUGUUGAAGGUCCCGUAGAGCCUACCGUAGAUGCUCCAACUGAGGCAGUACAAACCAAACGCGCAGACUCAGGAGUGGUGGAUGUCUCACACACUGCCAAAGAAGAACCCCUAAUAGAAACUACAAUAGAAUCCCCAGUAGAAGCCAGCCGUUUUCCUGUGGAAACACUAGAAACUAGAGCCGACGUUGUAGAGCGUCCAGUAGAGCCUACGAUAGACGUCAUAGUAGAUGCAGCAGCUCAGAAAGUAGAAAGAAAAAGCCCAGAUUUAAGAGCGGUUGACAUUUCACACACUGCAACAGUAGAACCUGUGUUAGAAACUACAGUUGAACCGUCACUAGAGACCAGCACCUCUCCUCUGGAAACACUAGAGAAUAGAGCUGCUCUUGUUGAAUGUGCAGUAGAGCGUACAGUAGACGGUCCAGCUCAAGCAGUACAAACCAACAGCACAGACUCAGGAGUGGUUGAUGUCUCACAAACUACCAAAGAAGACCCCCUAAUAGAAACUACAAUAGAAUCCCCGGUAGAAGCCAGCCAUUUUCCUGUGGAAACACUAGAGAGUAGAGCUGCUCUUGUCGAAUGUGCAGUAGAGCGUACAGUAGAUGCAACAGUAGAUGCUCCAGCUCAAGCGGUACAAACCAACAGCACAGGUCCUGUUAAUCUCUUGCACACUGCUGAAGGAGAACGCUUAAUAGAAACUACAAUAAAGCCAUCAGUAGAGGCCGGCUCCUCUCCUCUGGAAGCACUAGAGAGCAGAUCUGCUGUUGCUGAGGGGUCAGUAGAAACUACAAUAGAGGCAGAAGCAGAUACAGCACCUCAAGCAGUACAAACCAACAGCACAGACUCAGGUCCUGCUGAAGAAGAACCUUUAAUAGAAACCAUAGAACCAGCAGCAGAGGCCAGCUGCUCUUCUGUUUCUGAAGGUACAAUAGAGCCUACGAUAGAAACUGAAGCCGCUGAUAACCUCCCACGCACUGCCUUAAUCAAAAAUGCCCAAGAAUCUGCGCCCUUGCCUUUGAAAAACGAAUCUACAGUAGAAUCACGCUCAGAAAGUGUCGCUGUGGAGGAGGGAGUGAGCCAGUCUGAAGAAAUUACGUUCGAAUCAGUAACGCUCCAUGUAGACCAGGCUCUGGUAGGGUCUUUAAAAACCGAUGAGCUCCUCCGAACAAAAUCGAUGCUCGAUGAAAAGGCAGAAAAAACGUUUCAAGAGUUGUCAGUCCAGACGGGGAUCGGAGCCGAUGACAAAGCCGCAGCUGAAACGGAGAAUUCAAGCAAAGACGAGAGCGAGAUUUUAACUGACGUUCUUUUACAUCGGGACUCUCUGUCUGAGGAUCUUCAAGAAGGAGGAAGCGGCACUUUGGUGAAAGAGCGUCUCUGUCACGUUCCUGCGGUGCUUUCCGAAACUCGUGGCACGUUAAAAACCAGUUCAGCCUCCAAUCCACCUGUAGGAGCACAUGGAGAGUCUUUGCAGACGGAGGAGAAGGCACCCGAAACAGAAGCCAUGACGCUGGAAUCUAUAACUUCAGCGAAAGGGAAGGCUGAAGUUGGAGGCCUUGAAACUGAUGUACUGCGAGAAACGAGGAAUGCAGUCGAGAACGAAGCUGUUGCACUAGCAAAAGAGGAGAAGAUGAAAGUUACUGCCACAAUAGAAGACGUUGCAGUUUUCGAGGACACAGAGGCUGACAUUUUAACACUUGAUUCUAUCUCUGAAGCCACCGAUGCAAUACAAGCAGAAACAGCUGUUAAGCUGGAGGCCACGUUCGGUCCUGAGCAAGGACCGAGGCAGUCUCCUGACGCUUUACUUUUUAACCAAAAAGUGGGGCAACUGGAUGAAGCGACUGGUCAGGAAGCAGAAAAGGAGUCCGGAGAGCAGCAAGCGAACUUCUUGGAGGCCAUGAGUCUGAAGUCUUUGACCUUGGCUGAAGAUGAGGCCUCCGUGGGAACUCUGGAAAAUGGGUCUCUGAGCGAAACCACCAAUUAUCUGGAGAAAGAAAGUGAGAUUGUUGCUGGAGAGAAGAGGAUGGAGGUAGAUAAUAUGGUGGCAUCGGAAGAGACGUCUGAGGCUUUGAAGAUCGAGUCUCUAUCUCAGUCUGAAGCUGGCAUUCUGUCUGAAGAUCUGCAGACAGAUGCACUGAUGGAUGAGCUACUCUCAUCCGUUUCUGGACACGUGACAGGGUUAACGGAGCAUGUAAGAGCUGAUAUUUUGGAUGAUUUAGAUCCAGUCCAGAGACUCUUCCUGGAGACGAUCAGAGAAUACAAAAACAUGCGCAGGUUGAAUGGAGGACUGUUGGAGGCGGAGCCAGAUUACGAAAAAUCCCUGUCAGAGGAGACGGCAAAGCUCCAGAGACUUUAUGGAGGAGGAGACCUGAGCAGCUUCCCUCAGUUCACCUUCACCGAGCCCAAUAUGGACCAGGACUCCAAAUGAUCCAUGACGCCAACCUCCUACUCUUCAUGCUCUUCCUCUGACAUCUCUCAGACUUCCUCCUCCAUUACCUCCUCAUCUCAAUUUGACUACAUGGGAGAACAACAAGAGCGAGAGAAGAGGAAGCACAUCACGUUUGUUUGGGUUAUCUGACAUUAAAAUAAAGGAAAAUGUAUACCUG